ACAACCAACUGGCUCAACGGGAGGAAGCUGGAGAGGGUCGUCCCGCUCUCUUUCCCCCCCCAAUCGGGAGGUAGGACGAGGCCUGGCCAAUGAGAGAGGGCGAGCCCGGAAAGGGGCGGAGCUAAGCCGGUAUUUGGAUGCCCAGCUUGCCCGAGUGGGGUAUCCAUACCGCCGGCCCUUUAUCUCCUACCGGGAGCCCUCAUGACAGAGGAGGAGAACGGCGAGCUGGGCAGAGCUCUCUCGUACACCGAGCCCGCUCCGGCCCUGGACAUUAGAUGCAGACCCAUGGCCGAAGUGUGGGUGCUGGUGAUCAACACCGGGGGGACUAUCGGGAUGGUGCCCCAGUCCCAGGGUCUUGUCCCUGAAGCCAAGAAGCUUGCAGAGGCUCUAAAGAAGAUGACCAUACUUCAUGAUGCAACAUAUGUCAAGGAAACCCAACUAUAUAACCGCCUUGGAGCUGACACUUUGGUACUUCCUUCUUUCAGCCAGAAUAAAAGAAUUAUCUACACCAUCCUGGAACUUUCUCCUCUACUAGAUUCUUCAAAUAUGACACCAUCUGAAUGGGACAAAAUUGCCAGGUGCCUUGAGGCAAACUAUGAGAAGUAUGAUGGAUUUGUGAUUCUCCAUGGCACAGAUACAAUGGCUUAUACAUCUUCAGCAUUGUCCUUCAUGUGUGAGAACCUGGGUAAAACCGUAAUCUUGACAGGAUCUCAGAUACCAAUAUAUGAACUGAGGAAUGAUGGCAGAGCCAACCUGUUGGGGGCGUUGUUGAUUGCUGGACAGUUUGUAAUUCCUGAGGUGUGCCUGUACUUUGAUAAUAAACUGUACAGGGGAAACCGGGUGACUAAGAUGGAUGCAGGGAGUUUCAGUGCCUUUUCUUCACCUAACCUGCCUCCGCUUGCAAAUGCUGAGGUUGAUAUUAUAAUCAAUUGGGAGACAAUAUGGAGAGCUAAUACUAUGAAGAAAUUUGAGAUCCAUAUGAACAUGAACAGCAACGUUGGACUAUUGAGACUCUUCCCUGGAAUUACUGCUACAGCGGUAAGGGCAUUUCUUCAGAGCUCUAUGGAAGGCAUUGUACUUGAGACCUAUGGGAGUGGAAAUGCUCCAAAUAAUUGUCCAGAAUUACUAGAUUUGCUGAGGAAAGCUACUGAUUCCAAUGUUGUGAUUUUGAAUUGCACCCAAUGUCUGCGAGGAUCGGUGUCAUCAGUCUAUGCCACAGGAAAGACUCUCAUGGAUGCUGGGGUAAUUCCAGGAGGGGAUAUGACACCAGAAGCUGCUCUUGCCAAGUUGUCCUAUGUCCUGAGCAAACCUGGACUUACUUUUGAUCAAAAGAAAAAGAUGCUGAAUAAGAAUCUGAGAGGAGAAAUGACUGUUGUGCCCAUUGGAACUCAGAUAACUCUCAAAGAUUGCAAGUUUAUACAAGAGAUUGCAAAAUAUCUGUUGAUCAGCUGCAAAGAGGAACUAACAGCUGUAAGGGAUGCUUUGACUCCUUCUUUGGCAUGUGUGGCUGCAAAAAAUGGUGACUUAACUGCCCUAAAAGUCUUACAGGAUUUGGGUGGAAACUUGAGCUCUGGUGAUUAUGAUGGUCGUACUCCACUUCAUGUUGCAUCCUGUGAAGGCAAUUUGAAGGUAGUCAGACAUCUGUUGAAGUCUGGUGCAACUGUAUAUGCAAAAGACCGAUUAGGAGCUACUCCACUGAUGAAUGCUAUCAAGUUCAGGAAUCACAAAGUGAUUGAGUUACUCCACAAAACUGGAGCUCACCUUUCCAGCCAAGAACUUGUGAAUGUUGGGACAGAACUCUGCAGUCUUGCUUUUCAUGGAGAUCUUGAUGGUCUGAUGGCAUGGCAUUUAGCUGGGAUAGAUCUGAAUCAAACUGGUUAUGAUGGAAACACUCCAGCUAACGUGGCCAAGGCUGCAGGGCAUGCAAAAGUUAUCGAGUUUUUCAAUAAGUUGGCAUCCUGAAUGUGAUACAUGAUGUUCCUUGAUGACUGUGAAAAAGAAAGGCACUGUUCAUGCAAACUCUGCUACAAUUGAAUGCUUAUAAUGUUUAGGAUUAACUUAGAAUGGAAAUUUAUUUUUUUAUAUCUGUCUUUUAAAAAAAAACACAAAUCCUUAUUAAAAGAAAUAUAAUGCCUAUAAUGUACAAGGGUAUCAUAGAUCCAAUCUGUACUCCCAUAGUAGCCUGUCAGAUUGCAUUUUGCUUUCAGGAUGUAAUGAAUCAAACUGUAGUAUCCACUGUUAAAACUACGACUUGAAACCUUUGCUGCUGUUGCUGCUGCUGCUGCUGCUGCUGUUCAAUUUUGAUUACUGCAAUAUACAGGGCUAUUGUUCCCACAAUCCCUAGUCACCAUGGGCAGUACCGACUGGGAAUGAUGGGAGGACUCCAGACUCAGAGGGGCUAUUCUGCACUCAGAGCAAUGCUCCUUGCCACUGAGAUCUCUUGAGCUCUUUGCUGUAAUUCAAUGAUCAGCCCUUAUUUAAUAAAAUUUAGAAUUACUUAAAGUGCAUAACUCCACCUUUAGCAUUCUAGGAAACCACAUGAUCAAGUAUUUGCCAUUGCAUUAGAAAUUGAAUAGUAGAUUUCUCAACAAAUAACCUUUUUGAUAUAUGAACUGAAGAUGGGUGCCAAGAGGACUGGAAUUUCUGUGAAGAUCACCUAGAAAUAAUGAGGAAAGAUAAAAGCAAGUGUGGAAAAACUGAGAGGUUUUAACAAAGAGGGGGAAAAAUGGGGGCGGGGUAGGAAGAGGGGAAUCUAAACUUCAUUCAGAUCCUAGGUGAGUAAGAACUGAGAACAUCCUCACUACCUUUGAAACAUUGAAAAAAAAUUGAAAAACUGGUUGGCUAUGAAAUGGCCUAUCCUGGAAAAAAGAUCUGUCUGGAAUGCAGCACAAGAAAUCUCGUACUGUGCGGUAAGGAUAUUCUGUGGUGCUUUGCGGCAUGUUCAGUUUGAUACAUGUAAAGCAGACAUGUCAAAACACAAGGCCCGGGGGCCGGAUGCGGCCCGCGAAGUAGUUCCAUGUGGCCUGCAAAGCCAUCCUGGAAACAGUGAGGGAAUGGCCCCCACUGCCUUGGCCCUG